AUACUGAAACGGGCUUCUGGUUGAACAAUUUCAGUUUACAAGCUGGAGUGCUGGAAGCUGGAGCGUUGGUACACGUUCGCCUAUAAGACUGCACCGGUGCCCUCCUGUCUGGAAACAUGCGCGAGGUAAUCUCAGUCCACACUGGUCAAGCUGGAGUCCAGAUUGGCAAUGCCUGCUGGGAGCUGUACUGUCUGGAACAUGGUAUCCAGCCUGAUGGACAAAUGCCAUCGGACAAGACUAUUAGUGGAGGAGAUGACUCGUUCAACACGUUUUUCAGUGAGACAGGAGCAGGCAAGCACGUGCCAAGAGCAGUCUUUGUCGAUCUGGAACCAACGGUGAUCGAUGAAGUGCGAACGGGUACAUACCGCCAGCUCUUCCACCCCGAGCAGCUGAUCACCGGGAAGGAAGAUGCUGCCAACAACUACGCCCGCGGCCACUACACCAUCGGGAAAGAGAUCAUCGACCUGGUGCUAGACCGUUUGAGAAAACUAGCGGACAAGUGCACGGGUCUUCAGGGCUUUCUCAUCUUCCACAGUUUUGGGGGAGGCACUGGAUCAGGUUUCGCUUCCCUCCUCAUGGAACGCCUCUCUGUGGACUACGGAAAAAAGUCCAAGUUGGAAUUUGCUGUGUACCCGGCUCCACAGGUAUCUACCGCUGUAGUUGAGCCAUAUAAUUCUAUCCUGACAACACACACCACACUCGAGCACUCCGAUUGCGCCUUCAUGGUGGACAACGAGGCCAUCUACGACAUCUGUCGUCGCAACCUGGACAUCGAGCGUCCCACCUACACCAACCUUAACCGACUCAUCGGACAGAUCGUCUCCUCCAUCACCGCGUCCUUGCGCUUUGACGGCGCUCUCAAUGUCGACCUGACAGAGUUCCAGACCAACCUCGUGCCGUACCCCCGAAUCCACUUCCCACUUGCUACCUACUCCCCCAUCAUUUCUGCGGAGAAAGCCUACCACGAGCAGCUGAACGUCUCGGAGAUAACAAACUCCUGCUUCGAGCCGGCCAACCAGAUGGUGAAGUGCGACCCUCGCCACGGCAAGUACAUGGCCUGCUGCAUGCUGUAUCGCGGUGACGUCGUGCCUAAGGAUGUCAACGCCGCCAUCGCCACCAUUAAGACCAAACGCUCCAUCCAAUUUGUGGACUGGUGUCCCACAGGUUUUAAGGUGGGCAUCAACUACCAGCCACCUACGGUGGUACCAGGAGGAGACCUGGCUAAGGUGCAGCGUGCCGUGUGUAUGCUGAGCAACACCACCGCCAUUGCCGAGGCCUGGGCACGACUGGACCACAAGUUCGACCUGAUGUACGCCAAACGGGCCUUCGUGCACUGGUACGUGGGGGAAGGCAUGGAGGAGGGCGAGUUCUCCGAGGCACGUGAAGAUCUGGCGGCCCUGGAGAAAGACUACGAGGAGGUCGGCGUCGACUCUACGGAGGAUGAGGAGGGAGGUAGAGAAGAAGAGUACUAGAGAGGCCUCCCCCUAAACUGACCUGGCGAGUCAACAACUGCAGCUGCUCAAAAUCGUUGUACUAAAGUGUCAUAGUAAAAAAGAAAAAUCACGAUAAGAACUUUUUAUCAGCAGAUGUUAUCCAGGAGUAGAGAGACUUGUUAAUGUGAGCAGUGGGUUAUCACGUACGAACUUAAAGACAUACCGAGUAAAUGGGUUAGUUAUCAUCCCUCUAGCACUGUUUUAUUUGGACUCCGGCUAAUUUCCUUCAUGCUAAAUCAAAAUACAUGCAUUUCUAUCAGAAGAGUCUUCAGUUCAUCAGUGCUUGAAUUUAACGCCUUCUUUACAGUUUUUGCUUCGUUUCCUCUGUAUGGGGAAGAAAGAACAAAGACCAGAAGAUAAAAAGAGAACAAAUAUUGCCCAGCUUAAUACUAUCUUGCUUCAAAAAAAAAAUUGCCGCAUACACAAAUAAAGAAAAAUCGCUGUUC